AUGGCAGCCGUCGCGCCUCGCAAAUGCAGCGGCCUCGAUUGCGCCAACGAUGCGGGAACCUUACAGUGUCCCACCUGUUUGAAGAUGGGCACCGACAGCUUCUUCUGCUCACAAGAUUGCUUCAAGCGUAGCUGGGCCUCCCACAAGACAGUCCACAAAACCAAGACUACCGGCCAAUACAAUCCCUUCCCUACGUUCCCUUUCACCGGAUCGCUGAGACCAGUGUAUCCCCUUUCACCACACCGAGCCGUUCCAGAGUCCAUCCCGCGCCCCGAUUAUGCCGGAGAUGGUAUUCCACGAUCCGAGCAGAAGUUUGUCGGCCGACACAACAUUACGAUAUUGAAUAAGGAAGAGCAAGAAGGCAUGAGGAAAGUGUGCCGCUUGGCGAGGGAAGUAUUGGAUAUUGCAGCUGCAGAAAUCAAGCCAGGUGUCACGACGGAUUACAUUGACGAAGUCGUCCACAAGGCGUGCCUUGAACGUGAUUCAUACCCCUCCCCUCUCAACUACGUACAUUUCCCGAAAUCCGUCUGCACAUCAGUGAAUGAGACUAUUUGCCACGGUAUCCCCGAUCAACGACCCCUACAGGACGGCGAUAUUGUGAACAUCGACGUGACUUUAUACCAUGGCGGAUUCCACGGCGAUUUGAACGAAACCUACUACGUUGGUGACAAGGCCAAGGCAAGCCCCGAUGCUGUCAGAGUGGUUGAAACAGCCCGAGAAUGCUUGGACCAGUCCAUCGCGCUGGUCAAGCCAGGCAUGCUCUUCCGAGACCCUGGAAACGUCAUCGAAAAACACGCCAAGUCCAGGAACUGUAGCGUUGUAAAGAGCUACUGUGGCCAUGGAAUCAACCAAUUGUUCCAUUGUGCACCGAAUAUUCCUCAUUACGCCAAGAACAAGACGGUUGGAGCCGCCAAACCGGGAAUGUGUUUCACCAUUGAGCCCAUGAUCAACCUUGGUACACAUAAGGACAAGACCUGGCCGGAUGAUUGGACUAGUGUCACCGCGGAUGGUUCUUUGUCUGCGCAAUUUGAACACACCCUUCUUGUUACUGAGGACGGCGUCGAGGUCUUGACGGCUCGACUCCCGAAUUCCCCCGGUGGCCCAGUUCCAAUGCCCAAGUCUGCUCAGGUAGAGACCACAGCAUGA